UUGGCUGACACGACAGGCGACAGGGGCGUAGAAGAAGAUGUGACCGGAAAAACAAGAGCACGCUGAUGUGACGAUAAACAGACUGAACAUAUAAAUACAGUAAAUUUUACGUGGACAGACGUCACUUGUGAGGGAGUUCAUAUUUAUGUUUGGUGACGUACAACCUGAUGUCAUGAUGUCGAUCACUCGCUCCGCUUGAAGGAAAUGUCUCGACUUGUCCCGCUCAUCACGUCAGUGUCCAGACGGGUCUUAUGGAGGAGGGGGUGUCCCGGUGUCUCCCCUCCUCUGAACCCGCUCCCUGGACUCACAUGGGUGCCUGCGGCCGGUAAGAAGGACCUGGUGGACCUGCCCGUCCUGGACGAAGACGAGCUGGAGGAGCAGUUUGUGAGAGGAUCCGGUCCCGGAGGACAAGCCACCAACAAGACCAGCAACUGUGUGGUGCUCAAACACGUCCCCACCGGGAUCGUAGUGAAGUGCCAUCAAACCAGAUCUGUGGAAAUAAACCGAAAGCGUGCCCGUGGAAUCAUGAGAGAGAAACUUGAUGUUGCAUAUAAAGGAGAACUUAGUGAACUGAUAGUAAAGAAGAAGGAGUCGGUGCAUAAGAAACAAGAGAAGAAGAAGAAAGCACAUGAGAAUCUGGAGAGGAAAAGACUGUUUAAAGAAGCGCUGGUUACAGAAUCCACACAUGAAUAAGUUAUUUAUUUGUAGAAUAUAAGAAGACAUGAGUCCUUGAAUAUAUCAAUUUUAUUUUGUGUCUGUGAAGACUGAGGAACAAACCAAGAUAGGUAAUGUCAAGGGUAUCCAAUCAAAUAAGACUUUUAUUUCUAGCAUUUUUCAUACAAAGCCAAGGAAAGAGUAUUAAAAAAAUUUAAUAAAGUUGUUAUAAAAUAAAAAGGUUGGUGAUGUGUAGUGAAUCUUUUGAUAUUUAAAGGAUGUUUCCCAAAUUAAUAUUUAGUGCUUUAGGUACAGAAUACAACAUUCACCUGUAGGUGUGGUUUGAUUCAGAUUCACAUACAUUUUUUCAUGACAUAAUUUCCCCCUCAUCUAUUUUUAGUAAAUCCAAUGAGUUUCAAGAGUCAACUCAGACAGGCAACACAUUGUUAUAAGACACCGUGGGCAUCUCUUCGUUUGGUUGCUGUACAACAUUUUACGCAGUUCACCACAAGAUGUCUGCAAAAUGUGGCUAAAUACAGAGAAGACUUGAGGUGACGCCAUUUUGCUGUCAGUUGUUCCUAAUUGAUGUCUACACCCAGACUAUCACGAGUGGAAGCUGCUGUUUUGCUUGGAAUCAAGAGGUGGACCAAACCUCUGUACUUGAAUGAGAUCUUGUUUGGAAUGGGGGGGGAUUCCAUUUUUGUUUUAAAACCGUUGUAAAGCAAGAUAUAUUGCUGAAAGUGGUUUUGAAUUGCAUUAAAUCGUUUGUGCUGAGGCAAAAGUAUAGCACAUUUUCUAGUCC